ACGCGCCGGGGGCUCAGUACCGGUCCGUAGCGCGCACCGAGAUGACGUCCCACUUGAGGCUGGCCCUGCUGUCGGCGCUGCUGGUGCUGCUGCCACCGGGAGGCAGCGGCAUGCCCCAGGAGGCCACCGGGGCCAUCCUCUGCGAGCCGGGUCUCACCUGCGGGGACCCGGACGUGUUCGAGCGCGAGCUGCAGCCGGAAUCGGCGCCGCUCUCCGAGAUCAAACCGGUGGCGGUGUGCCCGCCCGACACCAGCGAGCUGACCUGCCGGCCGGCCGGGAACGCCAGUGCGCCCCUCUGCGGGGGCCGCGGCUCGUGUGAGUGCGGCCGGUGCCGGUGUCAGUCCGGGGUCAGCGGCGCGUUAUGCGAUUGUGACGAGGAGGCGCGGUGUCCCGUCUCGGGUGCCGGAGAGAUGUGUGGAGGCGCGCGCCGCGGUGUCUGCCGAUGCGGCGCCUGCGAGUGCCUGCCCGGCUGGCAGGGGGUCGCCUGCGGCCAGCGCGUGUGUCCUCAGCGCGUCGGUCCCGACCACUGCAAACCAGCCACUGCCGACGCCGACGAGCCCGAGUGCUCGGGCCGCGGCCGGUGCGAGUGCGGCGAGUGCCAGUGCAUCAGCCACGGCUUCGAGCGCUACACGGGCGAGUUUUGUCACAUCUGUCCCAGCUGUCCCGCCCAGUGCGCCGACUACUCCGACUGCGUGCGGCAGCGGCUGUUCGAGCCGGCCGGCGGCGCGCCCAGCCGCUUCUGCCAGUCGCUCGAGCUGAAACUGGACGACGAGCUGGUGCCCAUCGCUGCCGACGAACAGGUCUGCACGGCUCCCCUCGGCGACGGCUCCUGCCGCUUCCAGUUCGUGCUGCGACACGAUAUCGGCGCGCUCAGCGUCAGCCUGAGGGCCAACAAGGAGAAACUCUGCUUCGCCGAUGCUGAGAGUGAGCCGGAGCACGGCGAGGUGCCUCACCGCGAGAUUCCGAUAGGAGAUGAGGAAGAAAACGAAGUGGAGCCGCGCCGCGAGAGCUCGACGGCGGAGGACGGAGCCGGGAGCGCGGCUGGUGUCGCGGCGCCGACAUCCUUCGGGGUGGUGAUGGCGUUAUACGCGGCAACGCUGAUUCGCCUGAACUGAUGAUGGUGCAGAGAGUGAAUGAUAACGUGGGUGAGUUGGUGCAGCGCUGGUGAUGAGAACAGACACUUAAGUGCUCGUGUCGGGUAAGAAAAACCCGUCCGCUCUGCAGUUUUCAUCGCAAAUGUAAAGCCAUCGUGAUUGUCGGAUCACGAAGGAGCGCUGCGCAGACAACGGUGAUGAUUGGAUCAAGCUUUAUCCUUUCCAAAUACGUCGCGAGCUUUGAAGCUCGCGGCGUAGAUGGCGGCGGCUCGUAAGCCGGUUUGCAGUCUCCGGGUCGUCUCGCCGGGACCCGUUCGGUGCCUCGCAGCGACUUUUCGCGAGCCCCACCUUGCGGAGAUGGCCGCUAAUCCGUACUGACCACGGGAUAUCUCGUCAGCCCCGGGCCUCUUUAAGGACGUCGCGGGUCGUUUCGAGACAGAGGAUGGCACCACCCUGACGUGAUCUCGGGUCGCGGGGAUAAGACUGGGACCAGAGGACCAGAAGGCGGUGACUGGUACGGCACGGGAGGCAGAGGGGAGGUGAGAGCCCGACAUGGUUCGUGCUAUUAACCGUGUUGUGUUCGUGGUAGUGAUAGCUUUGUCGAACGCCGAGGUUAACGAAAUGACCGAGGCUCAGACGUUUACGAACACCAACAACGCUACAGCGUCUAAGAGGGAGCCGGACCACCUGGCUCAUUUCGAGUCUCAUCUGCCUGACCUCGCAGCCACACCAAGCGCUCUCACCGCCCAAACACCGGUCGGCGAUGUCGAACCCGACAGGACCCUUGCAGAGGUGUGUCCUUCCGAGGAGGUUUGGGCUGUCACCUGCACACCAAACAACACGUCCUGCGGGUCCCAGGGCCGCUGCGAGUGCGGUCGGUGUCGCUGUCAGCCCGGCUGGGAAGGCCCCUCCUGCGGCUGUCACGCCAGUCUGUGCCGUCGUCUGUCCCCGAACUCUGUCCCGUGCGGCGGGCCGGAGCGGGGUGUCUGCGAGUGCGACUCCUGUCGCUGCCGGCCCGGCUGGGCGGGUCUGUUCUGCGACUGCCCUCUGUCUGAGGAGGUCUGCCGGCCGCCGGGGGCGAGCUCUGUGUGCUCCGGGCGCGGCCGCUGCGUCUGCGGACGCUGUGUCGGCUGCCGAGAGCCGUUCUGGGGCCGCUACUGCCAGCGCGGACCCAGCUCGCUCUGUCCGGGCCGGCAGGGUCGCUGCCUGCGCUGCCGACUGGCGUCCCUGCGACAUGGAGUUGGUGCCGGGCGGUGUCGGGCGUGCACCGGCUCACGAAUGGUGCUGCUGGUGCAGGACGAGCUGGGCUGGCUCUCGGAGCUGGUGCGCCGGUGUCUGGUGCCGCUCGGACGGUGCCUGGUGCCCGUGGUGGUGCAGGAGAAGACCCCAGGCAGACCGCGGGUCAGAGUGGCCGCCGACGACCUGCUCUGUGACAGUGACGUCACAAGCAGAGAGGGGGUGACGUCACACCCUGCCGGACUGAUGGUCGGUGUGAUGAUGGGAGGGAGGAUCGUGGGUAUGAUGUGAUCGGACGCAGUGAUGUGAGUGUGAGAGAUGAUGAAAUGAUGUCGGGAAUGGGUCAGAAUGAUCGCGGUGAUGUGAAGCCGGUAUAGAACGUCUUAGUGUUUGUGGAAUCUGUGCAGAAUAUCAAACGUGCCAAAUGCCGAUCAUUUAGCUCGAAACCUUGUCAGUAGCGUAUUUAUGUAUCAUUAUGAAUAUAAUUCGAAGUGGA